UUAGCAAGCGAGAGUAUAAGCAGGAUUGCAGGAGUUUUAUAACUUUGGACCGGUUCAAUUGGCAAUCCUGUGCCAAGUUCACCGCAGAAAAAUAGUAUAAGAAGCGGUUCAAGAAAGAAUAGUUUGAUUGAUACAAAUUCCACUUUGCGAAGAAAAUUGUGAGAUCGAGAACCCUAGAAUUUUGACUACGAUUCCUUGAUUCAGCAGCGGCAAUGGAUAUAGACGUCGAGAUGGUUCCCGCCGGUGAAGAAUCCAACGCUGCAGCAGCAGCACCUUCAUCAGCAUCUGCUGCUUCUUCUUCCACUAAGAAACCUAAACGUUUUGAGAUCAAAAAAUGGAAUGCUGUUGCUCUUUGGGCUUGGGAUAUCGUUGUAGACAACUGUGCUAUUUGCAGGAAUCAUAUUAUGGAUCUAUGCAUCGAAUGCCAAGCUAAUCAAGCUAGUGCUACGAGCGAGGAGUGCACUGUUGCUUGGGGUGUAUGUAACCAUGCCUUCCACUUCCACUGCAUCAGUCGCUGGCUCAAAACCCGUCAAGUGUGUCCAUUAGAUAAUAGUGAGUGGGAAUUUCAGAAGUAUGGUCACUAGAGGGAUUCAACAAGUGGCGCGAGAGGCUAUUAUGCUGCUGCAUCAUAAUGUCGUUAAGUGUACUUUGUUCUAGUAAUACUUGUUCCAAUGCCUUCUGUUCUGUGUUGCUUUACGUAUCUAUGUCUGCUUUGGCCAUCUAAUAGGAUUUACUAGAGAGCUCGUAUCAUAUGCUGUGUGAUUCUACUUACUGAUCCUUGUUGAUUAUGUUGUUUGGAAAAACCUUCAACUAGAACCACUAGCAAAGGCUGGCAGCUAUUUUACUUUCAAUACUCUAAUAUUGUACUUUCUUUUUCUUGAUCCUCUAAAGUUGUUUACAGAAUCUUUUGCCA